AUGUAUAAUAAACAAAACAAGACGGAACACGACAAGAGAAUAAAAAAUGUCGGGGAAGACGGACCCCUCCGACAGGCCAGCGCUUCCCCAGCCCGACCCUUAGUCGAGGGGAACGGACCCUUUCCACAGGCGCCCGGGGGCCCUCCGGAUGAUAGCGGCAGGGCGGAUGGGGCUACGGGAGGGACAGCACACGCCACGACCCAACGGCGGCACCCCGCGGAGGGGAAGGGAAACCACGCCUGGGCCCUGCCUCUCAUUCUUUGUACAGAAACAGAGGUUAUUGAAUCCCUGGGAAUUAUUAUUUAUAAAGCAUUGGACUAUGGUUUGAAGGAGAAUGAAGAAAGGGAAUUAAGUCCUCCCUUAGAGCAGCUCAUUGACCAUAUGGCCAAUACUGUGGAAGCUGAUGGUAGUAAUGAUGAAGGUUAUGAAGCUGCAGAUGAAGUCAUGGAUGAAGAUGAUGAUAAAAGAAAAAUCUCAGUUAUUCGAUCAUAUAAAGAUGUCAUGCAGUUGUGUGCUGCCCAUCUUCCAACUCAAUCAGAGGCACCAAACCACUAUCAGGCAGUAUGUAGAGCAUUAUUUGCUGAAACAAUGGAGUUGCACACAUUUCUUAGCAAAAUUAAGAGUGCAAAGGAGAAUCUUAAGAAGAUUCAGGAAAUGGAAAAGAGUGAUGAAUCCAGUACAGAGCUAGAUGAGCUGAAAAAUGCUGACUGGGCUCGAUUCUGGGUACAGGUGAUGAGGGAUUUGCGGAAUGGUGUAAAACUGAAGAAGGUUCAAGAACGACAAUAUAAUCCUUUGCCAAUUGAAUAUCAGCUCACACCUUAUGAGAUGUUAAUGGAUGAUAUUCGCUGUAAACGAUACACUUUGAGGAAGGUAAUGGUGAACGGUGAUAUUCCUCCUCGGUUAAGAAAAAGUGCUCAUGAAAUUAUCCUGGACUUCAUUAGAUCAACUCUAAUUACUUAG